CACGCCUGAGACCACGUGCAGCAGCAAGAGGUCUAUGGAAACAUUCGUUUAUAACCUCUGUCUCGGGAAAUUAUUCCAUUAGGAGUAAAUACAGAAGAACUUCAUCACUGAAUAAAAAGAAUAUUUAAUUCUUUAUUUCAAUACUCGUCUGUUCUAAGAAAUCUCCAAGAUGCCAAAGACAUCAGCAGCGACGAAGCGACCUCGCAAAGAGGGCUUCAAUCGUUCAGGCCACAGCAUGAACCCGGAACGCCCCACCGAGGGGUUAAAAGGCGUUGCCAAGGUACGUACAAAAGCCACCAUCAAGCGACUCCAGAUGUACCGAUGUUCCAAGGCAAAGCGCGACAAAACUGGUAAAAUUUUGACACCAGCACCCUUCCAAGGUUGGCACCCAUCAGGGACAAUGUCCCGUGUUGAGCCCUCUCAGCGAUGGUUUGGUAAUUCCCGGGUAAUAUCCCAAAACGCUCUCCAGAAAUUUCAAAGUGAAUUGGGUGCAGUCAUGAAAAAUCCCUAUCAAGUGGUGAUGAAGCCAACACAGCUUCCCGUCACUCUCUUGGAGCAAAAAGCCGUUCAGGCGAGGGUUCACCUCCUAGACACGGAGAGUUUUGAGACAACUUUUGGUCCCAAAAAGCACCGAAAGCGUCCCAACUUGACAGUGUCAUCUUACGACGAAUUGCAGAAGACAAUUGAGGAGAGAGAGGAGAAUUACAACAAUGAAAAGGACACAAAAGACACGGAUUUGAUUCGCCCUGACGAAGGAGUAAAGGACGCUGCUCGUGACUGGAUCAUGGCAGCUGGUCAAAGCAAGAGGAUCUGGAAUGAACUGUACAAAGUCAUCGACUCAUCAGAUGUCAUUCUCCAGAUACUCGACGCCAGAGAUCCAAUGGGUACACGAUCACCCCCCGUUGAGAAAUACCUCAAACAGGAAAAGGCCUACAAACACUUGAUAUUUAUUCUCAAUAAAGUAGAUCUUGUUCCAACGUGGGUGACUCAGCGUUGGGUUGCCAUUCUGAAUCGUGAAUAUCCCACAGUAGCUUUUCACGCUUCUCUGACUCAUCCCUUUGGCAAAGGAUCGUUGAUCAAUCUUUUGAGACAAUUCGCCAAACUUCACACCGACAAGAAACAGAUAAGUGUAGGGUUCAUUGGAUAUCCCAAUACUGGAAAGAGCUCGAUAAUCAACACAUUGAGAUCUAAGAAGGUGUGCAAAGUUGCACCAAUUGCGGGUGAGACAAAAGUUUGGCAGUACAUUACACUUAUGAAACGUAUUUAUCUGAUCGAUUGCCCUGGAGUUGUUUAUCCAUCAGCUGAAACCGAUACUGAGAAGGUUUUAAAAGGUGUUGUACGUGUGGAACUCGUACAAAAUCCUGAGGACUAUGUUGAAGCCGUCCUUGAACGUGUUAAAGCUGAGUACAUGAGGAAGACGUACAAGAUUGAGGAGUGGACUGAUCACGUUGAUUUUCUCGAGAAACUCGCACGUAGAACUGGAAAAUUAUUGAAGAAGGCAGAACCGGAUACGGGGGCCGUUGCCCGCAUGGUUUUGAAUGAUUGGCAACGUGGCAAGUUGCCGUUCUUUGUUGCACCAGUGGGAUAUGAAGCGCCUCUUUCUCAUCAGGGUACGUCUGUUGAGGAUAACCCGAGACAGACAGAGACACUUGAUUUGGGUGAAGUUGAGAUGACGAGGGAGAUUAAUGGAGAGAGUGAGAAACGAAUUGGUGUUGUACAGGACUUUAGGAAAAUUCGGGUUGCUUUGAGUUAUGUUGGGGACGAUGUUAAGACAUUAGAUCCUAUUGACUUGAACGGUAAGGAUAAGGGGGAUGAUGAGAAUGUUGAGGACGAUGAUGAAGAUGAUGAGGGGAAUGACAGUGUAGAGAAUUCGGCUGAAUCCAUUUUGGAGGAGAAGACUGAUACUGAAAAAAUGGAAAAUGGGGGAAAUGAUUGCGAUGAGAAAAUUCAGGGAGAAGUUAAAGACAAUUUGAUGCAGAGUGUGUAUGACACACUGCCGGAGGAGGAGGAGUACUCAUCCUCGGACGACGAGAAAUCAACAAGAAAGACAAUCACAUCUACUAGUGGUUCGUUCCAAGUUUCGCCAGCAAUUUCCGAGAAACUUAAGGGAAAAAAUUUGACGAGCAAACAAAAACGAAGCAUUGAGCGGGCUAGUAAGCGCAAGAAGAUUGGAUCUAAUUUCUAUGAAGUUUUUAAUGUUAAAAAUCGUAAUCGUAACAGGAAGGUACCGAAAAUUAAGAGAGUUUAGAAUUAUUUUGUUAGAUAGACAUUUUUUUAAAUUGAUUUCGAGGGAAACACUGUGUAAUAAGAACUAAUGAAAAUACAAACGGAUCAAGGCAAAGGGAAAGUUGAAUUAAUGUUGUACAGGACGUCAGGAAAAUUGGGGAUGGUUGAAGAUGUCCUGGAGAUGAUGUCUAGAAAUGCGACCCUAUUGAUUUGGGGAGUGGUGAUAGGGGGAAUGAUGAGCUUCAUGAGGGGAGUGACAGUUUAGAGAAUUCGGUUGAGUCCACUUCGGAUGAUCAGAGUGAUGGUUAUGCUGGAGAAAUGGGAAAUAGGAGUAAUUAUUGCUAAGAGGAAAUUCAAGAGAAAGUUCAAGGUAAUUUGAUGCAGAGUGUAUGACUUACUACCGGAAGACGAUUACUCAUCCUCGAACGACGAGAAAUCAACAGGAAAGACAAUCUAUCUACUUGUGGUUGAUCCUAAGUUUUGCAAACAAUUUUCGAGGAACUUGGAGGCGAAAAUUUGAUGAGCAAAUACAAAUCAAGGACUGAACGCACCAGGAUACGCAAAAAGAUUGAUUUUAAUUUCUACAAAGUUUUUAAUCUGAAAAAUUGUAACUGGAUUACGUGAAGAGGAAAAGUUUCCUUCGUUAUAAAAUUGUCUGCCAAUUCGACUCCGGGGAAAUUAACAUGAUCGUUUAUAUGGGUAAAUUAUAUUCUAUUGAUUUGGCGGAAGCCGCUAGCGGUAAAAUGAGGGGGAGGACAGCGUGGGAAUUCUGUUGAGUCUAUUGCGAAGAAUACGAGUGACAAAUUGAAAAUGGUCAUCAUUGCAAAGAGGAUAUUCAGGGGGAAAUUGAAGACAAUUUAAUGCAGAGUGUCUAUCACACACUACCGGAUGAGGUUUACUCAUCUUUGGCUCACGAGAAAUCAAUAAGAAAAAAGAUCGGAAUAAUGAAAAAAUUUAAUUGAAAAAUCUACCGAAUUUCGUAGACAACUUAUAGGAUUUCGGUUGAACCGUUUUGGGUAGAUUUUUACAAAAUUUGUUCGUCAAAAUUUAAAAGCAAUUUAUCAAUGAAAAUUUAAGCCCAGGAAAUUCUAAAGUAAAAAUCAAAUUCUAUUAACUUAUCUCUAUCAUAUUUUGUAUUGAACAUUUCACCAAAAUUGUCUAGCCAAUUACCCGGGAUUUUCAUUUAACUUUUCUUUGUGUUUGACAUCAACUAGUGGUUCAUUCCAAGUUUUCACCCGCAAUUUCCGUGAACCUUAAGAAUAAAAAGCUGUCGAGCAAACGAAAACCAAGCACUGAAAAUGCCGUUUUUUUUUUUAUUUCCUCGUUAAAUUUCAGUUGGAGUGCAUUGAAGAGCAAGAAAAUUGCUUCUAAUUUCUCUGAAGUUUCUAGCCUUAAAAAUUGUAAUCGUAAUAGAAAAAUACCGGAGGUUAAGAAGCUUUAGGGACUACUUUUACGCAGCAAUUUUUUUUUAUCGAUCUCAGUAGAGAAAAACAAGAGGGAAAAUUAUCACAAAAUGGCGUGCCAACUUCCGUCGGGGGGGAGUUUAACGAUUUUCCGUAUUUUUUUUUUUCGUUUCCGCUUUCCCUUGCCCCUGCUCCCAUGUGAAAUUGGGUAACACGGAAUAAGGACGUUUACGUUGAAACUUUCGGCAUCGCGAACACGAAAUACUUUUAUAUGGGACAUGGCGCGUGUGUGGGUGGUAUUUUAAAUCCGUAUGUGGAUAAGAAUGGGCGAAUGGGAAAGCCAUCUGGACUGGUAUAUCCAUUUGAGCCAAAUGAUUUCUCAUCCCCCUCCUACUCAUUCGAAAUAAAUAAGGAAAGUCGUAAAAAUUUCUGUUAUUCCUCCCCCCUUGGAAAACUUUGGGGGAUUCGCGAGCUGUUGGCGUCUUAGUCCCGUUCAUAAGGGUUUCUGCAUUAAGAAAAGAAAAAAAAAUCCAAUGAAAGAAGAUGUGAAGAAAAAAAAGGGGGAUGACCCGUUAGGCAGGUAUACGAGGGAGGGUGGCGUUUUUCUUCUGAUUUUUUUUCUUAUUUCGCCUGCGUUAGAGUGUGGGAACAUGAACCCUCCUGGCUUUGCAGUCUCUCCUAUAUUUAUAGCCGGUGGAUGUAUUUUUGUAAGGGAAAAACGCGCCCUCGAGCUGUACACCAAGAUCAACGAACACACCGAAAGUCGACUGUUAAACGCGAAUGGUUUUUACGCUUUAUCCGAUUGUACUGCAGGUAUCUUUACGAUGUUUAUAGUUCUUAGCACUUGGGUGAAUGUGCAGGAGAAUUGUAUAGAAAUGAAAGCAGAUGUUGAUUUUUUUUGUGAAUAAAAAACGAUUUUUGUAAUAUAAAA